UGGCGGUUGCUCUCCACACACAGGCAGAGCGGCUCCGGGACCGAAAAUGUCGGAACGCCAAGUUCCCUUCACUUUCCUACGCAGCCCGAGUUGGGAUCCGUUCCGGGACUGGCACCGGGGCAGCCGGCUGUUCGACCAGUCUUUCGGGAUGCCCCUAAUUCCGGAAGAUUGGUACAAGUGGCCGGCGGGGAACACCAGCUGGCCGGGCUACGUCCGCCCCAUGGUCAGCCCGAGCCCCGAGCCGGUGGUGACAAGCCCCGUGGUCGCCUCGCCGUCCGCCAACCCGGCCUACAACAGGGCCUUAAGCCGACAGCUGAGUAGCGGCAUUUCCGAGAUCAGGCAGACGUCAGAGAGCUGGAAGGUGGCCCUGGACGUCAACCAUUUUGCCCCCGAGGAGCUGGUGGUGAAGACGAAAGAUGGGGUGGUGGAGAUCACCGGCAAACAUGAAGAAAGACAAGAUGAACAUGGGUACAUUUCUAGAUGCUUCACAAGAAAAUACACGCUGCCGCCCAAUACCGACCCAGCAGCGGUCCGCUCAUCGCUUUCGCCCGACGGCAUGCUGACGGUGGAAGCCCCCUUGCCCAAGCCGGCCAUUCAAUCUGCCGAGAUCAAGAUCCCCGUCACCUACGAGACUCAUGCCCAAAUCACCCCAUCAGAGGCCAAGAAACCUGAGGAGGCCGUCAAGAAAUAAACAGCCCGUGGGGAUCUGCAGCCCAUGGAUAGAAAACGGCGGGUUU